GUCAGCUUGAAAACGGCGAGCAGUGAAACGCUAAUUUAGUUUAACCGGCGCCGAGUUGCGCGCGUGCCACCGUAUCACGCGUCCAUGAGGACGAAAUUCGAUUAAUUUGAAUCGUGAAUUCGUCCCGUAAGUCGGUGGCGAACGGCGCGGUGUGGUCUUACGUCUCAACAACGUGGGAUCCUUCCGGCUAUUGAUUCCGCAGGACGGAUCAACUUCUACACUUUUUUUCAGUUUCAACAAAUUUUUAUUUAUUAUUUACUGGCCAUCGACACCAUCAUUUACAUUGAGGAGCAAACACGUGUUCAAAUGGACUUCAGUGUGUAGAAAAACUAAAAACACUUUUUUCUUCAUCGACGAAUGUCAAGUUUGGAACUACAGUUGGUGUGAGGAGAAAUCUCAGUUUUAAUCGUUUCUCAUCGGCAGUGGGACGUAUUUUAAUUGGUUGAGGAUUUUCCUCGAUUACCACGAAAACUCCCGCAAAUUCUAAGAAAUUGGUCUCGUCAGUGCUUCUCUUGAUUUGGACGUUGUCGGAGUGAAAAAUUUUUACCGCGGUGUUGUUCUCCUCUUCUUCACAUAUUAAGAAAGAUUAGGAGAAAUAAAAAUUUUCAGGAAAUUUCGGUGUGAAACGCCUGGCUAAAUAAGAUGAGGCCAGACGAUUUGCUUUCAACCGAUCGAAGAAUGGCGGAGACAAUGUCUGAAACAUCGGAGGGAACGGCAACGACAAGUGCCUCUGGAAAAUCGAAUUUCGAGACAGAGAUGCAAAAUUUUGCAACCCUUUUGGGCAUCGCUAAUCCCGAGGAUGUUCAUCAAGAUCGAUUCCGCGUUGAUCGCAGAAAAUUGGAACACAUGCUUCUCGGUGACAGUGAUGCGCCAGAAGCUGCUGAAGUAUUCUUCCAGAAGGUUAUGGAAGAAACGAAUACCUUCGUCACAUGGCCUUCUCGACUCAAGAUUGGAGCAAAAUCGAAAAAAGAUCCCCAUAUAAAAGUCGCUGGACGACUUGACGACGUGCGAGUUGCCAAAGAAAAAAUCAUGCAAAUUUUGGACACGAGGCAAAACAAUAGAGUAACAAUGAAGCUGGAUGUGAGUUACACGGAUCAUUCGCAUAUUAUUGGAAAGGGUGGAUUAACGAUAAAGCGAGUGAUGGAGGAAACAGGUUGUCACAUUCAUUUUCCGGACAGCAACCGUAGCAAUCAUCAGGAGAAGAGCAAUCAAGUCUCCAUUGCGGGAGAAAUGGAAGGCGUCGAGCGGGCUCGAGCUCGAGUUAGGAAUUUAACUCCCUUGAUAUUUUCCUUCGAAUUGCCGAUAAUGGGCGCAUCGCAAGCGGUGCCAGACUCCACGUCGCCUUAUGUGGUGAAGAUUCAGGAACAGUACAAUGUUCAAGUCAUGUUUCGCACACGACCAAAGUUACAUGCUACUUUAGUGGUUGUGAAGGGAUGUGAAUGGGAGGUUUCUCAAGUGAAGGAGGCCACCGUUCUGCUGAUUCACUACAUGUGCGAGAACUUAGCUAGUCAAAUUCAAGUACAAAUGUGUAUGGAGAUCUCUCCGCAGCAUCACAGCAUUGUGCUAGGAAAGCAAAGUAGCAACUUGAAAAUGAUUAUGCAGCGAACCGCUACACAAAUCAUGUUUCCUGAUGCUGGCGACCCGAAUAUUCCAAGUCUGAAGAAAAGCAACGUUACAAUCACUGGUUCAAUUCAUAAUGUUUACCUAGCUCGCCAACAAUUAGUGGGUUCUUUGCCUCUAGUCCUUAUGUUCGAUUUGCCGGAAGAUUCCGUCUCGUCAGUGGACUCGGAAAACAUUUCCAAUUUGAUGCAGUCAUUAGAUGUGUUCAUAAAUGUUCGACACAAGCCAAAACAAAGUACGCUUUCUGUUAUCAUCAAGGGGAUAGAAAGAAAUGCGAGCAAUAUUUAUGAGGCAAGAAAGCAACUUCUUGCUUUGGAGGAACCAAGAGUUCAUGCUGAAAUUCCAACGACUUAUCACAUUCCAAAUGCUACUAAUGUUUUUCCGGCAAAUAACAACACUGGAUUACAUAAUGUACUCGGCGCGGGAUCGGAUAAUUUCUCGAAUAUGUUAACGGUGAACACGCAAAAUCCACCGUAUUGUGUAUCGCCGAUGAUGCACUCGCCAAAUCCUUUGAGCCUCUCGCCACAUUGGGGUCUUCCAACGAUUCCGUCAAUGUUCUCGCCGCUUCCUGUUCAUCCUAAUCCCUAUGUUGUCUCGCACUUGAAUCAUCUAUUAACGACACAACAAAUGAUGGCAUCAAUGUCACAACAGCAUGGAAUGUCCGGACAAAAUUUAUCAUCAUUAAAUCAGGUUCAUCCUAAUUUGCCCAGCGUUUUCGCCAGCAUGAAUAAUUUAGGUCUGAAUGCUAAUUCUCUAUCGGAUAAUAAAGGAGGUAGUGCUUACUCUUCAUUGAGCAGCGUUUCCAGUUCACUUUCUAGUCCUGCUAUUAGUCCUCGAAACUCUUCUCCGGUUAAUCCUGUGGACUCUAAUACUUCUAAUAUUGAUUUGGCAGCUUUACUUUCAGAUCUUACUGUGAAUGAUCGUCGAGCACCUGGAUGUGAGAAAAAAUCUUUGGAAAUGCAUCAGAAUCUCACGCCUUUUGAUUAUGAGCAGAAAAAAAUGCUUGCAGUCAAGGCAAUGCAAUCGAAACCAAAUCCAACUGACUAUCGAGUUCCAAAUUCUGCCUGGACUGGCUAUGGACUCAGUCAAAGUACUCCCCUUACAUCUGCAGGUGACAUGACAAAGGAUUCAGCAAGUCAUCCGUCAGACUUGUGGAAGGAGCCAACAACUCCCGUUUUCAAUACAGCAAUGGACUUUGGAAUUUCAACGAGUAGCGAACGUAGUAAUCAAAUUGGAAUGGCUUCUAAUUUCAUGGAUCAUACACCUUCGGGACAAAUAAAAAAGAUCACUGCUCAACAAUACAGUGACUUACCAAGCCUUCUGGCAAGUGUGGGUCUUGAAAAAUACAAUCAUCUCUUCCAACGUCAGGAAAUUGACAUGGCCACCUUCCCUUCUUUGACGGAAAAGGACCUCAUUGAACUUGGAGUAACAGCUUGGGGCGCAAGACGUAAAAUUGGCCUCAUGAUAAGCGAAUUGAACAAAAGAUCUAGUCCAUUUUCCGGCAGUGCCGCGCCAGGUGCAGAAAGAAAAAUAAGUUCUUCUGCAAGUACGCCGCCAUCGAUUAAGAGUAAUCUCGAUACCAAGUGGUGAUUUAUUUAUUGUUUUUUUUUUUUUAACAAAUCGUAUAUAUUUAAUGUGCUUUUCUGCAAGCACUAAAAAAAUAGUCCCCGCCCCUUUGAAAAAAAAUUGAAACUUAAUUUCGCGAUUAAUUAUAAGGUGCGAAAAAAAAUUGUCUCCAACGGAGAAAAAAUUGCAUGAUACUUUCGAAGAAAAUAGUUUCGCGAAUCGGACGAGUUGUUUAUUUUUUU